UCCGCCGAUUCGGACGACGUGGGCUGACUCCAGCUCCAGUCCGCCCCUUGCUGAAGGCGGAGAGUUGCUGAUUCCUGCCUUGCCGGCAGAAUAUGAAGCGGCGGGGUGCAGAGGUGCCCGCGUCCACACUACCUCUGGGGCGUCAAGAAAAGGGGUUCGCUUCCGCUUCCUCCUCCUCUUCCAUGGGCCAGGCCGCCUCCUCCGCGAUGCUCCCCCAGCAGUUUUACGGGAGACUUCUGGAUUAUAUCCCUAUAGUCAAGAAGGUGUUACUGAAUCUAUUUAUUAUGUAUGUCUCUAUACCAUUGGCUAUUCGACUGUUCCCUUCACUGUUAACAAAGUUUGUCUAUCUCAAUUUUUGGACUUCUCCUUUUGGAGUGGAUUAUCAGAAGCCCGAGGUAUUUCUAAGUCACACCAAAAAUUUCUAUCUCACUUCUGAACCAGGAAUCACUUUUGGCAUUUGGCAUGCUGUACCAGACAGCAGACGGAAGGAAGCUGAAGGGAAGGACCUCAGCUGGUAUGAAGAGGCCCUUGCAGAUGAUAAUCCCAUCAUCAUCUAUCUCCAUGGCAAUGGGGGUACCAGGGCAACAAGUCACCGAGUUGAUUUCAUAAAGGCAAUGAGUGAUGGUGGCUUCCAUGUCUUGGCUGUGGACUACAGAGGCUAUGGAGACUCUACUGGCGAGCCUAGUGAAAAAGGCUUUACAACAGAUGUUCUCUGCCUUUACAACUGGGUGAAGGCACGGAGCAGGAAUAGCACGGUCAUCUUCUGGGGACAUUCCCUGGGCACUGGAAUUGCUACCAAUACUGCCAGAAAGCUGAAAGAACAAGAAGGUAUCACCGUGGAUGCUGUUGUCCUGGAGGCUCCUUAUACCAGCAUCCGGGAUGCAGCUGCCACCAUCCCAAUCACAAAAAUCUACCGCAAGUUUCCUGGCUUUGAGUAUUUAAUUUUGGACACAAUGGCCCGAGCUGACAUGUACUUUCUUAAUGAUGAAAAUGUCAAAGUGUUAUCUAGUCCUAUUUUGAUCUUACAUUCAGAAGAUGACCAGAUGAUACCUGUACAACAUGGAAGAAAGCUCUUUGAGAUCUCAUACAGUGCCUCUGAGAAGAAAGACAACAUCAAGUUUCUUUCCUUCCCACCUUCCAUGGGUUUAGGGCACGACUACAUCUCCUCUCAUCCUCAGCUCGCUUCCAUUCUAAAAGAUUUCCUCAAGAGCAUCAAGUGGGAUCAGCAAUCAAGUGGCCAUUGACAUUGAUAGCAGCCUCAAGGAGACAUGAGUUCUUAGACUGAUUUGCCAUGGAUAUUAAAGCAGUGAACAGUUAGAAGAUAAAAAAGUGGAUUUCAGUUUAUUUUAUCAUGUGAAUUUCCAGGUGUACACCACAGAACAACAUUAUUGGGCAAAAAUACAGUUUUCGAGCCUUGCAAAAAUUGCUUCUUUUUUAUAAAUGCAUUUCAUCUUGGUUACCGAAAGCCCUACUUCAGCAGAACAUCCUCUUCCUCUCAGCGUAUCUUCCUACUCACAGCUAUGUUGCCAGUAUGAAUCAAUUUAUACUAUACCGUAUAGUGCAACUCCCUCAAAGGUUUAGUGCUGUAAUCAACACCUGGUGAAAAGCACAAGGUGUUCUUCAAAAUAUUUCAAAUGACUAUCCUUGGUAAGUAGGAACAGACUUUUAUGCUCACCUCUUGAAGGAAGACCAUGUGGUCCAGAUUCUAUACCACUAUACAAAUUCUGUUUUAACAUCUCUCUCUCUCAAAAUGUACUAUUCUUUCUGCUAAGAGUUCAUUUUAUGAGUAUACACCUUGCACAACACUUUUCAUUUUCUUUAAAAGAUUCAGUCUCACUAAUGGCAUUCUUUAUAACAUCUACUUAUACAACAGUAAAAAAGUGCCCUUUGAAGAAACCAGAGGCCUCUGAGUCAAUUUAUAGCUAUGCCACCCGAGUCAAGCCCCAGCAUCCUGGAUAAUGGUUGGGCAGGGAAACCAAAAGUUGUUAGGGUGGCCUCCCUCAAGCUGGUGCUCUCUAGUUGUGUUGGGACUAAGAUCUAGCAUGGCCAAUGGCCACAUUGACUAGCAUAAGAGAGAUAUGGUCCAGCACACUUA